UUUAUUUAUUUAUUUAUUUCUGAUAUUUUGACAGGGUAGCCCAUUCACCAAUAAGUAGUGGUCUUCCAUGGGGCCCUGAAUAACAAUAAACAUAUUUACAAAAUGCAUAACGUAUGUACAGAAUGUUACAGCAUUAAGAUUCACAUUAGGAUUUGAAUGUAAAACGAAACAUUAACAAACUUUGCAGCAAACAAAACGCAGACGGGCACUCGUUUGACGUAUAAUAAAAUAUCAAUAAAUCAAAUUAAUUAAGAAGGACAUCUUGAAAAUACUGAUAAUAUACACCAAAUCAUCAAGGUCAUGCUAACACAAAAUAAGCACAACAGUGGAUGUUCCGCAAGUUAUUUAUAAAUUACAAGUUCUUUUAAACAUUCUCUUAAAUGAAAUGACAGAAGGAGCUGUUCUAAUUGAAUUAUCAAGCUUAUUCCAUUCAAAUAUUGAAGAUACGAUUGGACUACACUUAUAACAAUCAGUGCGAAACUUGGGCACGCGUAAAUAUCCACUGUCUCUCUGUCUGGUAUGAUGUUCAUGUACAUCAUUUGGAUUGGUUAAGUUUACCUGAAGGUAAGAAGGUGCUAAAUUAUGAACACAUUUAAAUAUCAUCAAAACGCGACUGAGCUCAAAUCGUUUGUCUAGUGUCAUCCAUUUAAGACUUGUGAACAAAUCAGCCGACGGUGUGUCGUAUGUCUUGUUCAAUAUAAUUCUUGCAGCCCUCUUCUGAAUUUUUUGCAGCUUAAUUGUAUGGGAUUGAAAUCUAUUCGACCAUACAGCAGAACAGUAAUCAAAACUUGGCAACACUAAACUGUUAUAAAGCAACUUUAAGGACUGCACAGGCAAAGAACUUUUCGCUCUCUUUAUUAUGCCAAUGCUUUUCUGAGUAAGUUUACAUACAUUUUCAAUUUGUUUUGACCAUUUCAGUUCUUCAUCUAUCAAAACUCCUAAGCAUUUGGUGAAUUGAACUCUAUUUAUCAAAUCACCGUUUAACGAAAUCGUGAAAGAAUCUUUUUUCCUGAGAUUAGCACGAGAACCUAUUAUCAUGACACAAUUUUUUUCAGUGUUGAGGACGAGCUGAUUAUCUUUAAUCCAUGCCAUGACCUUGUUUAAUGCAACAGUUAAUUUUUCUUCCAAAACUGUCGCAUCAUUCGCACUGACGGUAAGUGUCGUGUCGUCAGCGUACAUAUCUAUAAUACCUUCAUGAAUACAUUCAGGUAAACUAUUAACAUAUAUUGAAAAUAAAAGGGGACCUAGAAUUUACCCUUGUGGCACGCCUAAUUUGACGAUUGAAGGGUGCGAUUUGGCUCCUUUGAAUUGUGUCACUUGUUGUCGAUCAAAUAAAUAUGAUUUGAACCAAGUGAUAGUCCUCUUACUACAACCAAUGCAAGUUAAUUUCUUUAAAAGCAGCUCAUGGUCCACGGUAUCAAAGGCCUUCCGAAGAUCUAUGAACGCAACUCCAGAAAUUAAAUUGUUAUCAAUGUUUAACGACCACUGAUUUACAAGUUUUGCAAGGGCAGUAGUUGUUGAAUGCAUAGGCCGAAAACCAGAUUGAUUUGGGUGUAAUAAAUCAUUCACGUCCAAGAAUUCACUUAGCUGUUGGUGAACAGCCCUUUCUAAAAUUUUACUAACGAUUGGUAAUAUAGAAAUUGGGCGGUAAUUAUUCAACGAAGACAUAUCACCAGAUUUAAAUAUUGGUACUACCCGAGCCUUUUUCCAUUCACGAGGAACAACUCCAGUAGUAAGGGAUUUGUUAAUAAUAUCACAAAGGGACUCUGCGAUAAUAUUUUUUGUCAUCUUUAAAAGUUUGCAGCUGACAUGAUCUUCCCCAGUUGAUUUAUCUAUACUCAGAUUAUCAAUCUGUUUCAAAACAAAAUCUCUAGUAAUCAACUCUAGCUCAAAUUGAGAGUGAAUUGAACCAACAUUUGUAUCAUCUUCUACUUGAACUCUCUGUUGAGACGUAUCCCUGUGCAGGUCCUUAGUAAUAUUAGUAGCAUUUGAAAUGAAAAAUUCAUUAAAUGCUUCAGCAAUAUUUGCAUUGCCCGACACAUCUGUUCCAUCUACGUUUAUGGUGUUGGGAGAAAUAGGUAAUGACUUGGGCACAAGUUCUCUCAAACAUCUCCACAUUUUCUUACUAUUGUUUUGAUUUUGUGAAAUCUGGUUAGCAUUAUAUUCUUUUUUACUUUUUCUCAUGAGAUGAAUAACUUUAUUUUUCAGAAAUUUGUAUGUGUCCCAAAUAUCAUUAUUUUUGUUAACUUUAGCUGUUUUUAGAACCUUAUCACGUUCCUUCAUUAGCUUGACGACCUCGUCAGAUAUCCAAGGACAAGCUUUUUUUCGUAUCCGCUUUUUACAAAAGGGAAUGUGCCUGUUGAUUACAUCAUUGAAAAAAGUCAACCAUACAUCCCAAGCAACAUCAACAUCAUCUAUAUCUUUUACGACCUGCCAAGGAAUAUUUCUCAAUUCACUAUAAAAUGUUUUCUCAUCAAGAUUUUUAAAUGAUCGAAAUUCUGCAAAUUCGGAAUCUUUAUACAUCUUAGCACUGAAAUCGCGAAUUGUAUACACCAAAUAAUGAUCACUUAUACUAGUUUCAAAUAUUCCCCAUUCACUGUAUAGUUCUUUGUCUGAUACAAAUAUCAAAUCAAUUAAAGUGGCAGAGGUAUUUGUAACUCUUGUAGCAGUAUCAAUUAGCUGACUCAGCCCGUACAUAUUUGUAUAAAACAUUAUUUUUUCCCCAUUCACAUCAUUUUGUUGUGGCAUACAAUCGCAGUUGAAAUCAUAGAUCACAAUUACUUGCAGUUUAGUCCUCAUUUUUGUAAAAUUUAGUUUUCCCUAUUCAUAUUGUACAUAAUAGAGUAUACAGUGGUCUAUGGCGGCCAUUUUGAAUAUCAAGAAAUUAAUCAUUUUGUCAAGAAUCAUUUUUUCAGAGAGUAUUUUACUCCUGCCACACAAUUUCAUGCAUUAUAGCCAUUGUGCGGGCAAUCUUAUGAUUUUCAUGGGUCAUUUGCAUAUUUUGGCGGCCAUAUUGGAUCUUGCCAAUUUGCGAAAAAAAAAUGCUCAAGGUUACACGAGUGGCAUCCUUCAGAUUCGUAAUCAGCUCCCUCAAAUUGACAAGAAACCAUAAAAAAAUAUUGUAUGUAUGAAAAAACAAAGUUUUGUCAAUUUUCUAUGGGGCCUAUCCUGGACAAAUACAAACUCCUGCUCCGCCACCUUUGCGUGGAGUAUGAUGGACGUCAUGUAGUUCUGAAAACAUCCCAAUUUAUUAGCUAUAUAUCUAUCAUUAUUAAAGUUUCCUGAUAGCCAUGUCUCUGUGAGUGCAAUGAUGUUGAUUUGGUUACUGAUGACAAAUUCGCAUAUUGCAGAUGAUUUAGAGUUAAAGGUCAAGUCCACCCCAGGAAAAUGCUGACUUGAAUAAAUAGAGAAAAAUUAAACUAGCAUAGUGCUGAAAAUUUCAUCAAAAUCGGAUGUAAAAUAAGAAAGUUAUGACAUUUCAAAGUUUCGCUUAUUUUUAACAAAAUAGUUAUAUGAACGAGCCAGUUACAUCCAAAUGAGAGAGUCGAUGAUGUCACUCACUCACUGUUUCUUUUGUUUUUUAUUGUUUGAAUUAUACAAUAUUUCAUUUUUUAUAGAUUUGACAAUAAAGACCAACUUGACUGAACCAUAUAGUAUUAAACAAUGCUAAUUCCACAUGUUCAGGGAGGAAUCAAUCGUUGUAUCACUUGACAAUUAGGAGAAAAUGAGAAUAUUUCAUAUUUCAAAUAAUAAAAUACAAAAGAAAUAGUGAGUGGAUGACAUCAUCAGUCUCCUCAUUUGCAUACCAGCCAGGAUGUUCAUAUAACUGUUUUGUUAAAUUAAGCGAAACUUUAAAAUGUCAUAACUUUCUUAUUUUACAUCCGAUUUUGAUGAAAUUUUCAGUGUUCUGCUUGUUGGAUUUUUAUCUUUUUAUUCAAAUCAACUUUUUGUUGGGGUGGACUUGUCCUUUAACAAACCUUACGUUUUAAAGGGCAAACAACAGCUUGAAGAAUUAUCGGAAGUGGCAAUUACUUAAUAUUCAAGAGAAGGGGAAUGAUGUUUCAAAGAAGAGGAUGCCAGUAGUUUAGUGUUAGACCUCAGAGAUAAUUACGUAACAGUUGAUCAAUUAAUUGAUUUUAAUAAAUACCAAUGAAGUUACAUGUGUAACUAGAUUAUUAGGUUACCAAUUAAGUUUAAUUAGAUUUCAGUAGUUUAAUCAGAUUAGCGUAGCGUAGGACGCGCUGUAAUUAGAUUAGAGUCGUUGUGGACGAUGUAAGUGGAAUAGUGCGGGAAAUGGGACGCGCUGUUAUCAGAUUAAAGUAAUUCGAUAAUACCGCGGGGAAGCAGAAAUGGGUCUAGGCGGCAAGUUCAAAUCCUCUCAAUCUACGCACGCAUUCCACAUCAGCCACUGCGUGUCUCAUUGCUUUCACUAGUACACGUUAAUACUUCCAUCAACACAAUUUGACUAAGGAUAUAUAUAAAAUAUAGCUUCAUAAGGUAUUGUGUUUGAAAUAGAGAAGAACUAGUUUGAGAGAUCGAGAGAUUAAGAGAGAAACUAAAAGAGAAAUGAAAAUAAAAUUUCAUGACGAGAGGCGCAUAUAAAAUGACGUCCACCGAUAAAGAUCUGAAAGAGAUGAGAGCUAUAUAGUGGUUGAGAUAGAUUCAUGUAAAGGGAAAGGAGAAAGGGGAAGAAGAUGAUGAAAAUUCAAGAGGGGUUCCAACAUUUUGAUGAGAAUAGUAAUAUCACGUCUUUUUUUUUCUCCUAUUCCUUGUUUCUUUUCUUUGACCACCCCCUUCCCUCUCUCUUUCUCCCUUUCUGUACCUUUCUCCCAUCUAUCUUAUCCUUCUCUCUUUUCCCCUUCCUUUUUAAUUUUCCUAACCUUAUCCCUCUCUUUUUUUCUCUUUUCCCGUCUUUCUUGUCUUUGUCCUCUCCUUCCCUUUUUUUCUAUUUCUAACCUUCUUUCUUCCCUCCCAUCUUUUUUCUCCAUUUUUUUUAUUUUCCCUCCCUUAUCACUUCUCUUUUUCCUUCUUUCUUUGCUUUGCGCUCCACCUUCCCUUUAUUUUCUCUACCUCACCUUUGCCUUUUCCUCCCUCUAUUUUCUCUCUCUCAUUUCUUCAUCUUGUUUUCCCCCUUCCUUACCAUCCGUUCUCUUUUUCACCUUUUCCUUGUUUUUUCUUUGUCCUCCCGUUCCCUCUUUCUCAUCGGUUUUCCCCUCUCUAAUGUAUCCUUCUGUCCCUACCCUUUCGUUUCUUCUCUUCCUUCCCCUUCUCUCACUUUUUUUUAUAUUUCUCUAUCUCCUUCCUUCUCUUUUCCCUCCAUCCCUUCUUUUUCGCCUUUUUUUCCAAUUUCCCUUUCUUCUUCUCCUAUCCCUUUUCUGCAUCCUACGGAUCCGUAUCUGAACGAUAUCAGGGUAAAAAAAAUAAAGGAUGACCAUGCAGGGAAAUAAUAGAGUAAAUAAUUCUAGGACGACCUAAAGACAGUGAGCGCCAACAUCGACAAAUGUCAACUCAUUUACGAUCAACGAAGUCAAGUAAUGAAAUAACGGACGACCACGGGUAAAAUAAUAUUAAUAGGAAAAGGGCCCUUCACGCUAAUGUCAGUGUGUAUUCGAACACGAUGAGUGAUUCGGUGAAAAAAAAUGAAACCCAGUUAUCACCCCAAUUUUCUUCAAUUUUUACAAAACAUUUUAUCCGCGAUAAUUGUCGAGAAAAACGGCUUUGAUAACCUAUGCUUGAUAUGGGAUUAAAAUCGCAUAUAGUUUUGAACGAAUGUGUCAAUUGUUUGCUCUUGCUUCAAACCAAGAAUGCACGGAUGAAUACCCUAGGGAAACAACCUAGGGCACAUACACCCUAGGGUAUCAACCGCAGGCAUAUGCCCUCAUCCGCUCCCCCUCAAAUGCCCGCUACGGGCUUCCGCGUUCACCCUAGGGCACGCCUUGACGAUUCCCGCGGCCGGCACUGUACCAUCUCUCCAUCGUUUAUUUCAUUCUUCGUGUGCAUUUUUUACUACCCUUGUUAACCCGGAACUAAGAAUAUUCAUCAACAUGUCUUAUAAAGGAGAUAAAUCUGUUAAUAAAUCCAUGAUUGAGACCAGUGGAAGAUUUAACGUCUUGAACGAUGAGCUGGAAGGUGAUGCUGCCGACUCUACUGGCCCAGCUAACCACGCCCCACCACUCCCUCUGGCCUUACUUCAGCUUACAGUCCAUCUUAAAGUUGCAACGGACAAUUUCGAGAAAAUAAUGGAAAAGGCUGUCAAGUCGAUGCUGGAUAGCAGCAGAGAGGUCCAGAAGACUUUGGAAUUCGAGAGUCAUAGAAUAACUGAAUUUGAAAGGAAAAACUUGGACCCGGAGAAGCACCUUGAGAGGCUAGAGAAGGCAAACCAAGAGCUAGAAAAGAGGGCUGCUAGCCAAGAUGUUGAGGCGAACUUGGCUGAACGUGUAGCGGAGAAAGACAACUUUCCUGUUGUUGGAUUGAAUGAAGCAGAAAAUGGUAAAGAUGAGGAUUGCAUCAAGACUGUGGAAGAUAUUCUUUCAUCAAAGUUCAGACUAAAAAUUAAGGUAGAAAGUGCUCGACGUGUAGGAAGAAAAUGAGCAAAACCCAGACAUAUAGUGGUAAAAACUUGUUCUCGUAAAGACAAAAUUCAAGUUAUGAAGGAGGCGCGAGUUGCCCCCCCCCCCAAAAAAAAAAGGCUUCUACUCUAUAGAUGAUCUGACGAAGAUUGAUCUUGAGGAAAAGAAAAGAAAAACAAGAGUCAAGUUCAAGAUCUGUACGCUAAGGGUACCAAGCUCCGUUUCUUUAAUGGACAUUGGAGAGGUAGUAGAGGAGCAAAAUAUUUUUCACCAUAAUGCACAUUUAACUUUUUGGACAAGGGGAACAUUAUUUGCUUUGAGUAUUAGUCGCUGUGUGAUGAUAGGAGUAAUGUGCCUCUGGGGAUCUAUACCAUUCCUGAGGUUUUUGUUUCUGUUUAAUCUCUUCCAGUUCCUCCCACACACUUUCUCUCUCCCUUUCUCUUUCUCUCUCUCUCACCCUACUCUAUUUACUCGGUAUCUUCCCUUUUUCUCUCUAAUGCACUCCCUCUCCUUUUCUCUCUCUCUCUUUUCUUCUCCGAAACAGGUUUGGGUGUUGAUGGUUAUUAUACAGUAAAUAAUCUCUGAUGGAGGGGUCUUGCAUGUCAACCUCUCUUUCUUUUGAAUCUACAUAUUUCUCAUCAAUUGUGUGUGUGUGGGCAUAGACCUACUAUGGGGCGCCAAGUGUCCGCCAGUGAAUUCCGUCCAAAUCACGGCAUUCCGUACACAAAAUGUGUUUUUAUUCAGACGAAAAUCAUUUCGUCAUGACGCUUUUUUAUUUCGUACACAAAAUUUAUUUUUUGUCACACAAAAUCAAUUUCGUCUCGACGAAAUGCACGAAAUCAAUUUCGUCUAGACGAAAUGUAAUUGCGUCCACAAAGUUUAUUUGGCGUGCCAUACGAAAUGAAUUUUUAUCAAACGAAAUGGCGCACCAAAUGUCCGAUGGUAAAUUCCGUCCAAUUCACGCCAUUCCGUACACAAAAUGUGUUUUUGUUCAUAUGAAAAUCAUUUCGUCAUGACGCAGUUUUAUUUCGUAUACGAAAUUAUUUUUUGUCACACAAAAUCAAUUUUCGUCGAGACUAAAUGUAAUUGCGUCCACAAAAUUUAUUUCGUUGCGAUGCGAAAAUCUAUUCCGUCGACGAAAUCAUUUUGUGUCAAAACCACAAAAAAAUUUCGUUGACGAAAUGAUUUUGUGUCAAAACACAAAAAAAUUUCGUCGACGAAAUGAUUUUGUGUCAAAACCACAAAAAAAUUUCGUCGACGAAAUGAUUUUGUGUUUUGAGUCUUUUUGACAUAAAAUCAUUUCGUCUCCUCUGUCUCGAAGGGGACAUAAGAAGGUCGCUGAUUGGCUGCACCUUGCUCAAGCUGUUUUCGCUCCGGGACGAUCACACUUUUUCACAGCUCAGAUUGGCAUGUUGGUGAACUUAUUAGCUUAGAUUUCACGUUAUUCAUGCCUACAUGAGCUGCAUACAACUGCUCUAAUCGGUAGGAUGUGGACGGACAUUGCAUUCAUUCCCAUUCAGCCCGUUGGACUGAACCGGUACUGUAACACAGUAUGGAUGGUCAAUAUGAAGCGAGCUUCAUUGAAUUCUUCCAAGAGCUUUGUACUCCGUUUUGCUCAUUUUGAAGAUGGUAGCUUUGACAGGACUGGGCAAGUGACACGUCUUUAUAGACAGGAUGCUGUCCCAACCAUAUUUGAUUUCCUGCCUCGUCUUCAGAAGAUUCCCAUUCAGCCGUUGGACUGAACCGGUACUGUAACACAGUAUGGAUGGUCAAUAUGAAGCGAGCUUCAUUGAAUUGUUCCAAGAGCUUUGUACUCCGUUUUGCUCAUUUUGAAGAUGGUAGCUUUGACAGGACUGGGCAAGUGACACGUCUUAGACAGGAUGCUGUCCCAACCAUAUUUGAUUUCCUGCCUCGUCUUCAGAAGAGUUCAUCCAAGCCAAGGAAUUCCCCGAAAGAAAGACGUUUUGAUUCAGCAAACAACCUCCCAGAUACUGCAAAGUCUUCAGCACCUUCAUUUCUCGAGGACCACUCCUACUCAAUAUCAGAAAGUCCAAGAGGGGUAAAGUGGAAGAUAACAGCAAUAAUGGACUAUUAAAAACUUGGAGAAGAGGCUGAAACCACACAGCAGAAGUCCCGCCGUGUACAUUACUUGCUCUUAAGUUUGGACAAACAUGACUCGCAAAACUUUACAACAAAUAAUUUACGCUAUGUGCAUUCUGAUUAUUUAAAAUAGCUCAAUGAAAAAGUUUACCACUGGGCAUGUAACAAAAGUGCAUUCAUUAAAUUUGAACGUGUUGCAAAAA